UUGUCUUAUUUGGUUCGUGAAGAGGGUGUUUGCCAGUGUGUUUGUCAUUGUGUUUGCCCAAUUGAGAGCGGGGAAAAUGAAGCGUAGAGUAUGAAAAUUUUUGGAUUGACUUGCCGCGUGCACCGACAGCGCAUUUUUAUUCAAGUUUGAGCACUCGGAUCUGCAACAACGCAAAGUGACGCAGAAAAAAUACAAAAGCUAAAAAAAAAAACUAAAAAAAUUGGGAAAAACACAAAAUUCCGCACAAGCUUGUAAUUCAGCUAAAAACUUAACUGUGACAUGCAGAAAAAAAUUACAACAAAAUAUUAAAACAAAAAUAACAACAAAAUAUAGAAAUAAAAAUAACAACAAAAUAUAUGAAAAUAAAAAAUAACAACAAAUAUAUUAAAAUUAAAAUAACAACAAAUGAAAUUAUUAAAAUUAUAACAAAUUAAAAAUAACAACAAAAUAUAAAAAUAAAAAUAACAAUAAAAAUCACUCAAUACAAUAAUAAAGCCAACUGUAAAAGUUUGAACAAACUUGCUGCGUUUGAGCGUUGUGUGAAAAUUGCAGUGUACAAACACGGAACGAAAGCAAUAACAUUUCUAAAGUCCAAUAGGCGAUUGUAAAGCUUUAAGCUGGCUCUCAAAAUACGCAAGAAUCUCACCUAUAAUUCAUCCACAUCCUCAUCAACCACCCCAACUAAUAUCGAUCACGCAUCCACAACCGCUACCGAUCCUGAAAUCACAUUAUCAUCCUUGUCAUCUGCCCUCUUACCGGCAUCAUUGCUGAGUACGACAUUUCAGAAUCUCAUACCAUACGCCAUUGCAGGCAUAGCGCCGGGACCGCAUAAUCUGUUGGCACCGCCGCCGCCGUCAUCAGCGUCAUUAACGUCUCUGCCGGCGGCGCUUGCGACGUCGAGUUGCGGCCCCAACACUAGUUCUAGCAGUGCCGCUAUUAGCCCACAGACAAGCGCCAUCAGCGCCGUUGCAGCACACGCAGCCAUGGGUGGGCCACACCCGGCUUUACCGCCGACCAUUGAGGGUCAAACAUAUUGCUUACGUUGGAAUAAUCACAAAUCGAAUCUUGUAGAGAUUCUUGAUGCUCUCAUAAAGGUUGAGAGCUAUGUGGACUGCACAAUUGUUGUCGAUGACCAAGUGCAAUUCAAAGCGCAUCGUGUGGUACUUGCCGCCAACUCGCCAUAUUUCCAGGCCAUACUGCAGGAUGUACCGAUGGAUCAUUGCAGCAUUAUAUUUCCCGGUGUCAAAGCGUUUGAAAUGCGUGCACUACUGGAUUAUAUGUACACCGGUGAAGUGAAUGUAACACAAAGUCAGAUACCCACAAUAAUGCGUAUUGCCGAGGAGCUGGAGGUGAAAGGACUUUUCGAUAUGGCCGAUCUAAAGGAGAAGUUCAACAAAUUGAGCGAAGAACAUGCGGAUCGUGCCAGUCAUGGUUAUCCGUAUGCGGCAGCUAGUACUUCGGGUCUAACAGCACCGUAUGCCAUGGCUACGAGUUCAUCCGCUGCACAGGGCCUACCCAGUGUUGUACACAAUGGUAAGGAUCAUCAUGGCGCCGAUUUACCAAUGCCUUCACAACACAAUUCCUCAUCCGUGAUCUCAACAUCAUCGCACAUAUCACCAUCAGCUGCCGCUUCGAGUACAUCUUCACCACCCUAUACUAAUUAUAAAUCGCCAUAUACCAAUUUGUAUACCAAAUCGCCUGGUCCCUCCAAUGGUGGUGGUGCUACUGGUAAUGUAUCUGGCUUAGGACAAACUAAAUCAGCCAAUACACCGCAGACACCAACACACUCGCAAACAACACAACCGCCAAAUGCAGAUCACGCACAAUGGCCGUUAUCGCCUUCGGCAGCAGUCGGUAUGUUGGGUUCCGUCUAUGACUCUGUGCCGGACAAUCCACUCAAGCGUAAAAAACUUUCGUCCAUGACUUCAAUGUUAAUGAAUCGCGAUACUCCCAUACUACGUAACGUCUUGGCACAAGCCAAUCCCGCCGACUCAUCUCAGCCAAUAUCAUUCUCUAUGCCCAUCGCCAGCAAGACCGACAACAAAUCGAGUACCGACAAAAAUUCGCCGCAUGCCGGUUCAAUGGGUGGACACAACAAUAACCAAGGUCAGCACUUUAAUGGCACCGACUUUGCCAGUGAUAAGAAAUAUCACGAUGAACCACAUUCGCCUUACACAGAUCGUUCGUUUGAUGACGACGCCUACGAGGCCAAGGGCAAUUAUGGUGGCAGCUUUAGCUCUAACUCGAAUCAGAAACCCGAAUGGAAGCGCUAUAAACAAUACACACGCAGCGACAUAAUGUCCGCGAUACAAUGUGUAAGGGAAGGUAUGAGCGCUCUGCAAGCUUCACGCAAGUUUGGUGUACCGUCACGCACGCUCUAUGACAAAGUCAAGAAACUGGGUAUAACCACCGGUCGGCCAAUGAAUCGCACCAUGAAACGUAGUCCGAGUAAUGUGGAUUCAACUGCUGCUUUCUCAUAUCCACACGCUUAUGGCGCCGAACCCUUAAUGUCUUCGAUGCAUGAGGGACGCAAUGAUGAACGCGAGCCAAAAGAUCACCACCGCGCUGAACAUCACCACAUGCCACCACAGUUGCCGCAUUCUCUAUUAGAUCAUGCAUUGCUACAACAAGCGUUGGAGAGUCGUGGAGGCGAUAUUGCAGGACGCGGCGCACUGUUAUUAGCAGCAGCCGCACACGCCGCCGCUAACCGUAUCUCAACAAGCCCGGGUCCAAACGGUUCGAGCGCCAUGCGUUCACCCAGUCCACCGAAUUAUGGACGUAAGUACGGACGUGGAAGUGAGCAUGACUUUGCCGUGGAGCGGGACGGGCGAAGACGUGAACGCGGUAGAGACAGAGAUAUGGACUGCAGUCGGGAUAAUGAACGUCACAUGCUGGAGAAUGAGCUGGAGCAAGAGCGUGAGCGGGAGCGGGAGCGCGAGCUGACGAAUGAAAGCGAACGCGAACGCGAGUAUGAACGUGAACAGCGCGAAGAACGCGAAUUUGAAAGAAAACGUACGCGCGAAUAUGAACGCGACAUGGAACGCGAACACGCACGCGGUCGUAAGCGUGCCAGCCGAAGACGCUCUCACGACGAUGAGGAGACUACGGCACAGGUUGAAGAUCUAUCUGUAGCGCGCCGCAAUUGCUUAUCGCCAGCGCCAACAGAAUCGCCUUACAGACGUGCGCGUUCACCAUCCUACUCGCCACCACCACAACCACCAUCAGCAUCAACACAAUCAACAGCGCUCGAAUGCAGCAGUGGCGUUAUAAAAUUGGCAACCGCAACCGCUGUUGCGGUAGCCGCGACAACAGCCGACAAUAGUCGUUGUUCGAGCCGCAGUAGUAACGGGUUAACAAUGGCUGACAAUAUCAGCAACGAAGAGUACAACAACGAAACGAGCGCCACGCUAGAAGCCGCAACAACAAUGACCGCGAUAAAACGUGAAAUCAUUAGCAGCGAUGACGGACGCACCGACUGAUUAAUGCUCUCCAUGGCGUGGCACUACGCAACCGAUACCUGUUAUGAAUCGUUGUUUUGGAGCCGUUGACUGUUGUCCGUUAUGCGUGCCAUUUUACGCUUACCGCGUACAUAACUUUUGUAAGCAAUUUUCGACUAAAUUAUGACGCAUGCGCAUGCGUAUUGAUUUCUAUAUAGUAUAUUUAUAUAUAUUACCGCAUCGGUGCAAUAAGCGUCUGAAAGUGGCAGCAGUCGAAAGAAGCUUUAAUUGAGUUCGCUAAGCUUGAUUUUUUUUGUGUGUCAGCGGCAGCAUAAAAGCCGCGUAGUAAAAAUCGAAGUCCGAAGGCCAAAUUCGGUCUACGCAGUGAACUCAGUGAAUUUGUAUUAAAUAUUACUUGUUAUUUGUGUAAAUUCGUGAAAUGUGACAAUGCGCACUUAUUGUAAACAACAUUACAAUAUUGAUUUAUUAAAAAAAAAUAUUGUGCAACAUAUUAAAAUUCCUUGAAAAGCGCUUGUUUUGCUAUAAAAGCGAGGAAGAACUAGCGUUCCACGUGCACACACAAAAAACAGUUUGGGCGACAAAAGUCUUCGCGUGUAAGCGCUGUCUAAGGCGGAAAGAGCAACAAGCGCAAGUUACUGUGGUCAGAAUCACCCUGUGCCUAAAAGUAGAGUUUCAAAAAUAAAGAAAUGCUACAAAUAAGUUAAAUUUAGUAAUAAAAAACAUAAAAUUAAAAAUUUAGCUUACAAUUUAGUUAGUUAAGUGAGUCAUAGUCAUGAAAGUGUAGUUUUUUUUUGUCAAUCCGGGUCAAAUUUGAUCCGAUGUAUAUGAGGUAUAUGUAGUUGAUAAAAGAACUCAAUUAAGCGCAGAAACUUUUAAUUUGAGUAAAUUGGAGACAAGUCUCUAGCUUACAGCUUAAACGUGGGAGAAUUUUGUAAGAAAGAAAGCAAGUAGAAAGGAAAAAAACAAAAAAAAAAGUUGUCCAAACACAAGACUGAAGAGAUGGUAUGCAGGAACUGUUACGCGGCGCCAACAAAUUAUUAGAGGCUAAAAUGAUCGUUGGAUGAAUUUACAUACAAAAAAAAUAUAUAAGAGUAUAACAAGCACAUAGGCGCAAUUUAUGUGGAAACCAAUCAAUAAGGCCUGUUGGGUUACUGAGCUGAAAUCUUGUUCUAAAAAAAUU